GAAAGUUCCUGAAGAGUCUGGAACUCCUCCAGGUAGAAUAUAAAAGCUGAGACUGUCUGACUGCUGAGACAGAAAGCAAAACACAAGCAGAACAGAAGAGAACAGACACUUUAACAGUGUUUCAGCUCACAAGAAGAGGACUCAACACUAAACACCCAGUGAAGAUGCUGUGCUCUCGUGGAUUCCAGUCUGCCCUCAGCCCAUUCAUGGACUUCUACUGGCCUGUACGCAGCCUGUGGCCAGAGGUCAGACCUCUGCUCUACCAGCAGGAUGUUUUGCAGAGAAACCUACAGGAGCUCCGCAACAGUCUGGAGCUGAUGGACAAACUUCAACACAAGAUCCUGGAGGAGACGGAGCCUUUCCCAACCGGCGUGGCCGUGCAGCCGCUCUCCUGCCAGCUGGAGAAAGAGGGGGAGCGCUUUGGCCUGACCCUGGACACUCAAGGCUUUUCCCCAGAGGAGCUGUCUGUCAGGCAGGUGGGCAGGAAGCUGAGAGUCAGCGGGAAGACGGAGAAGAAGCAGGAGGACGGUAAAGGCUCCUACUCUUACGUACGGCAAGAGUUCAGACGGGAGUUUGAUCUGCCUGAAAGGCUGAACCCCGAAGCCAUCACCUGCUGCCUGGGACCAGACGGGAAGCUCCACAUCCAGGAGGCCAAAGCUCCAAGUGUGGAGGAGGCUGAGAGAGAGCUGACUAUCAAGAGGAGCUUGGAGGAGAAAACAGAGCAGAGAGUGUGUUCACAGACAGAAGGCAGCAGCUCAGAGACAGACAACAGCACACAGGACAAACCUGAAAACAUGGACUCAUCUGCAUGAUGUUCUAACAAUGUUUCUAAAAUGUGUGUUUUCUACAGUUAAUAAUUGUUGAUGAUAAUUGUUUGUGCUUUUCCAUUUAUGUAACUGAACGUGAUAAAUAAAUAUGUUUAAAACUGAAAACAUGGAUUCAGCUACACAAUGUUCUAAGAGUACAUUUUAAAUAUGUUUAAUGCAAGUGUUAAAUGGUGAUUAUUUGUACUUUUAUACGUUAACAGUUGACUUAACCAAUAAACGUAUCAAAAGUU